AUGGGCACGGUGCUGUCCCUGUCCCCCAGCUACCGGAAGGCCACGCUGUUUGAGGAUGGCGCGGCCACGGUGGGCCACUACACGGCCGUGCAGAACAGCAAGAACGCCAAGGACAAGAACCUGAAGCGGCACUCCAUCAUCUCCGUGCUGCCUUGGAAGAGGAUCGUGGCCGUGUCGGCCAAGAAGAAGAACUCCAAGAAGGUGCAGCCCAACAGCAGCUACCAGAACAACAUCACGCACCUCAACAAUGAGAACCUGAAGAAGUCGCUGUCGUGCGCCAACCUGUCCACGUUCGCCCAGCCCCCACCGGCCCAGCCGCCCGCACCCCCGGCCAGCCAGCUCUCGGGCUCCCAGGCCGGCGUCUCCUCCUCCGUCAAGAAGGCCCCGCACCCUGCCAUCACCUCCGCAGGGACGCCCAAACGGGUCAUCGUCCAGGCAUCCACCAGCGAGCUGCUGCGCUGCCUGGGCGAGUUUCUCUGCCGCCGGUGCUACCGCCUGAAGCACCUGUCCCCCACGGACCCCGUGCUGUGGCUGCGCAGCGUGGACCGCUCGCUGCUUCUGCAGGGCUGGCAGGACCAGGGCUUCAUCACGCCAGCCAACGUGGUCUUCCUCUACAUGCUCUGCAGGGAUGUUAUCUCCUCCGAGGUGGGCUCAGACCACGAGCUCCAGGCGGUCCUCCUGACCUGCCUGUACCUCUCCUAUUCCUACAUGGGCAACGAGAUCUCCUAUCCACUCAAGCCCUUCCUGGUGGAGAGCUGCAAGGAGGCCUUUUGGGACCGUUGCCUCUCUGUCAUCAACCUCAUGAGCUCCAAGAUGCUGCAGAUCAAUGCCGACCCACACUACUUCACCCAGGUGUUCUCUGACCUGAAGAACGAGAGUGGCCAGGAGGACAAGAAGCGGCUCCUCUUAGGGCUCGACCGGUGAGCCCCGAAGCCCGUGGCAUGGUUCAAGGAUUCAAUUCAUUUUUAAAAAUUUAAUAUGAAACAAAUCAGAGUUUUGUGUACAGUAUGUGUCUAGCAAAGCCACCAAGGGCCUCUCCCUUCCCGUGUUCCCUCCUUGGGUUUUUUUCCAGCCCUGCCAAUAACUCUGGGCACUUUUGAACUCCCGAACCUGUGCAAAACCCAGAAGAUGUGUUCAGAGCCACCCAGGCCACUCUCUUACUUUGGGGGACUCAAGAACUGACCUUCCUCUGCCACCCAUGCCCUUGCUGGAUCCAGGGUGGGCAAGGCUGCCUGCUGCUUCCUGGAUGGCAGCUGGAGAAUGGCCUCUGGUUGGUGGGCCCAGGAGGGAACCGGGGUUUCUGGUUAGAAGUCCUUUCCUGGCUCCUGUUUCGGGUCAUUCAUUCUCCCAGAGGCUCCUAGAGCUGACCGCCCUGUCUGAGCCACGAGUGGAGUUGUGAGGCAAGGUCCCUGCUGCCCAGGGACAUCUUCGGUGGAGGCAAGGCACAGCCUGUCUUGAGGAAAGAUUGUGCCCAGUCAUUUGACCAUGCACGGCCCUGGUUUGCUUUUCUCUUUUUUUAGGGAGAAAGGCUUUCCUUUAGUGGAGAAAUGGAACUUGUCCCCCUAACCCUUUGUCUGCUGCUCCCCGCAGUGUUGGUAGUGUUGGCUCAUGGGCUGGCUUGACUCAUUAUGUUCUCUCAUUUUGGGUCCCAGCUAAAGGUGGGGUGAAGCUGGGGACAGUUCCUUUCCUGGGUGAAUUUUUCAUUUGAAUAAUGCAGCUCCAUCACCCUGUGGCAAAUGCUAGGACAGCCACAGGUGCCCAUUAGGAAUAGCCUGCCCUCUGGGCAGGUAGGGGAUGCCAUGCUUGAGACUGAGCUGGUGCCCACCUGAGGGCUAGGGCCUCUUGCUGGUGCACAUGACAUUUGUCCUGCAGAGCUGGGGGCAAGAUGAUGUCAGGGAUUGGGGUGAUGUGGUAAUGGCCUAUCCUCACCCCCACCCCUGUUAAUUUAAAGCUGUUUUCAAGUAGUUCAGUUUCUUCUGGAGAGGAAACCUUGUCCUGCAAGGCCCAGUGAGACAGCUGCAUCUUGGAGACAAUUACAAGAUGGGGAGUGUGACUCCUGAUUGCUUUGGAAGCCUGCUGAUUCUACGACCGAUCUUUUGCAGCUGCUGGUUUUGGUUUCCCCCCUUACCCUAGUGGCUGUAAAAACACAUGACGUGUACUUUACCAUUUUUUUUCCUAAUUCUCCCAGAUUAGUGGCUUGGGACUUGGGAGAGGACCAAGAGAAGGGAGUGAGUCUUCCUCCAUGGCCACCACUCCAACUUUGGGGAACAAAGACCAACAUGAAGACACUGCAGAGGAUUCUCUCCUCCAGUCCCAGUCCCUCAGGGAGUGCUGGCAUGGUGGGGCUGGUCUGGGGGAGGCAGGGUCAUUUCACAUAGGAUUAGAUUCUAGGUGGCUGCCGAUUUCAGCACAAGCACUACUGAAAUUCACGUAAAAAGAGAAAGCUGUGAAAUUGAGGUCCGCACUUAAGAGGUCUGGAGCAGAACCUGGUGACCUGCGGCGUUCCCAGAGAAGGGGAAGGGGGACUUCCCCGGGCCCGAGAGCAUCUGCUCGGCUGUGCCGCCAUGCUUGCGCUGAGCCAUUCCUGGGACUGUCAGAUAGUCGAUGCAGAGCUGGAAGGAACCUGUGGCUGGGGCACAGACUUGACCGCAGUGUCUCUUCUCUGCUGGAGUUUCCACACAGCCUGUCUUCGGAUCCUGCUGCCACGUGCGACCUGAGGUGGGAGGCCCCUGGUGACACGGAGGAGGGAAGAUCGGAUGCCAAGUCUCAGGAGGAGGGCACAUAUUCGAAGUCACACACUCAGCUGGCUGAACCUGGCCUGGAAUUGUGCAGUUAAGUUGCACCUGGGGAUUCCAGUUUUGUGUGUUUCUUUCUCUUUCUCCAUAUUUAUUUUUUUAGUUUUUGGAGGAGGUGCACAUUUCAGGAGUGAUUGGGAACUAAGGAGACAAUCCUCUAGUUCCAUCAAUGUGAAGCCUGCUGUGUUCUCCUGUCUACUUGCACUGGUCAUCAGUAUUGUGUAAAGGAACAACUGAUAUACUUGAGUGUGCAAGCAACGAACUCAUUUGACAUGCUGCUAUGAAGACUACUUUUAGAACAAUUUAAAAAAAAAAACUAACCUACAAAAAAACCCCCUUUAUUCUUUAAUUGUUGCUUUUACAGUGAUAUUGUGCAUGCAAACCAGGAGCAUUUUGUGUCUUACGAAAAAUAAUCUUAGAACAGAUGGCUGUGAAAAUUACACCCAUGCACAGAACAAGCCACAGGAAUAAUAAUAGUUCAGGAUUUGGUUUUUCUCUUUUUCUCAUAAACCUGAAGGGUUGAUAUAUUCUUUCCAUGCAGUUAUUAGAACUUAGUUUUGUUCCAACAGUUGUUAAACUUGCAAUGAAAAGAAAAUGUGCCAUUUUUUUUCACUCGGAAUUAUUCAUAGCUGUAUAUUUGAAACUGCUAAUUACACAUGUGUGAUGUAUGUUGGUUUUUUAGUGCAAUUUCUUCUGUAGCUAUUCUUUGACCAAACUGUGGGUACUGUUAAUAUUAAUUUAUAUUUGUCUCAUUUUGUAUGUAUGUGUAGUGUGUUUGUGAGUAUGUGUGGUUUAUAAUCUGACAAAGUCAUGAAGCUCAGUUUGGCUGUAAUUUAAUUCCCCUUCCCUUAUUUUUAUUUAUUUUUGUACUGUGCUGAUUCAAUAAAAUGCACUGA